AUGCCCACUGAACAGGACAGAAGCUUUUUCAAAGUUAUCAUACUUGGUUCCGGUCUUGCUGGCAGUCUGUUGGCCAACGGGCUCAUUCAUAACAAUGUCAACACCGUGGUCUACGAGAGAACAAAGCGACACGCCAAGCGGGAAGGAUACCAGAUAAGGCUGGGAGCACCAGCACUGGAAGGUAUGCGUGCUUGCCUGAGCCAAGAGCAGAUCAAUACUAUCGUAUCAAAAUUCGGGCGAUCAGGCGGCAUGAAGUCCAGCGCUCCGGUUUUCUACAGCGAGGAUUUCCGCAAACUCAUCGACCUGACUCGCUUUCCAGUCUACAGCAAGUCAGCACCAAUCAACAGAGGAAUUCUGCGUGAUAGCCUCGCGGACCCUGUGUUUGCUGCGGGAAUACUGCAGUACGAGCGCAGUUUUGAGCGCUAUGAGAUCCUCAACCCGGGCUCGACUCAAGAGCGUGUGCGGGUCUGGUUUGAAGACGGGGGCUCGGUUGACUGCGAUGUUCUGAUCGGAGCAGAUGGUAGUCACUCAAAGGUGAACCGCACCCUGGGCCUGAAUAACAUAUCCCAAGUAGAGAGUCAUAUCAGCAUGAGUGCCAAGAAUGAUCUUCCUACAAAGAACUACCUGUCUAUGACACCAGCGCUUCGUGAAACCCCAAUUAUGGCUAUGGCGGACAAUAUACCCCUGUACUUUUGUGCGUAUCUACCAGACAAGUCAGGCGACGAUGGCAAGAUGGCUGUGGAUGAGACUUUAUCCUCCUCAAUGUUCGGCAUUCACAUCCCAGCAGAUGCUUGUCCUGCCGACAUAUGGGAAAAGAGUAAUGAAGAAAAAUGGGAUAUCAUCAGUUGUGCGUUGCGCGGUUGGGCACCUGAGUAUCAUGAAAUCCUAAAUCUAGUAAAGGGCUCAGACAUCUACCUAUAUCGUGCUCGUGUGAGCAAGCGCCCAGCGAAAGAUUGGCGAGCAAAAGUGAGGUCAGAGGAGUUCCCUGAACGAGGACAUCCACGGGUCUGGCUUAUGGGAGAUGCUAUGCAUGCAAUGCUCCCUACGAGAGGAAUGGGCGGCAAUCAGUCGAUGCGAGAUGCAGCAACUAUUUUGCCACUCCUCGUCCGAUUGCAUACCGAAGCUGAGUCGAAUAAAGGAACCUCGGUUGAAGCUAUAGCAGCAGCUUGCAGAGAAUAUGAAGAUGAAAUGAUUCCUCGUACGUUCGAGUGGGUUGCAAAAAGUGGAGGUUCGAACCUCAUGCCCAUUGACACCUCUACGCUUCUGGGAAUGGUGUUCAUGUUCAUUGCUGCUCAAGUUAUGAAUCUGGCUUAUGUCUGGUACAGCGUCAGAGACUUAAUAUCCAAGAAGAAGAUCAUGGAUGACGCACCAGAACUGAAGGACUAG